GAUUUCCAUGGAAUUGUAGCUGGAGUAAGAUCUGGGAAUGCCUGUGCUGGGAUUGAACUGCGGGAGGAAGAAAGAGGAAGAGAAGGAGCGGUGUCUGAGGGCCAAUGACCGAGAAUUCAACCUGAAAUUCAAGUAUGCGACCAAUGCAAUCAAGACCUCAAAAUACAAUAUUUUCACCUUCCUGCCCCUGAAUCUCUUUGAGCAGUUCCAGCGUGUGGCCAACGCUUACUUCGUCUUCCUCCUCAUCCUACAGCUUAUCCCGCAAGUGUCUUCCCUGUCCUGGUUCACGACUGUCGUUCCUCUAGUACUAGUGCUCACCGUGUCCGCUGUCAAAGAUGCCACAGAUGACUAUUAUCGAUACAAGAGUGAUAAACAGGUCAAUAACCGGACGGUUCAGGUGCUCAGCAGUGGAGGGUUUACAAAUGAGAAAUGGAUGAAGGUCCAAGUGGGCGAUAUAAUCAAAUUGGAAAAUAACAAUUUUGUAACGGCAGAUCUGCUGUUACUGUCCAGCAGUGAACCCAACAGCCUGGUAUACAUCGAGACGGCCGAGCUGGAUGGAGAGACGAACCUGAAGGUGAAGCAGUCGCUGACGGUGACCAGCAAUCUGGGAGGAGAUCUGACGCAGCUGUCGCAGUUUAAGGGUGAGGUUGUGUGUGAGGCCCCCAAUAACAGACUGGACACCUUCACGGGAACUCUGACCUGCAAAGGGGAAAAAUACUCUCUAGACAAUGGGAAGAUUCUGCUGCGCGGCUGCACUCUCAGGAACACAGAGUGGUGCUUCGGCAUGGUCAUCUUUGCAGGGCCUGACACUAAACUGAUGCAGAACAGUGGCCGGACCACUCUAAAAAGAACCAGCAUCGACCGACUCAUGAAUGUCUUGGUCCUUUGGAUCUUUGUCUUCUUGGCUGUCAUGUGCAUCAUCCUAGCUAUUGGGAAUGGAAUCUGGGAGUCCAAGCAGGGCUAUUACUUCCAGGUGUAUCUUCCGUGGGCAGAGGGUGUCAACAACGCGGCCUUCUCUGGGUUCCUCAUGUUCUGGUCCUACGUAAUUAUCCUGAAUACUGUGGUCCCAAUCUCACUCUAUGUCAGUGUUGAGAUCAUCCGACUGGGUAACAGCUUCUAUAUCAACUGGGACCGUAAGAUGUAUUACCCCAGGAAAGAUACCCCAGCUGAGGCCCGAACCACCACUCUCAACGAGGAGCUGGGGCAGAUCAAAUACAUCUUCUCCGACAAGACGGGGACUCUGACCCAGAACAUCAUGACCUUCAAUAAAUGUUCCAUCAAUGGCAAUUCCUAUGGCGACGUCUUUGACUACGCGGGAAACCGGCUGGAAGUAAAUGAGUACACGGAAAAAGUGGAUUUUUCCUACAACCCUCUGGCAGAUCCUAAGUUUGUUUUCCAUGAUCACCGUUUGGUGCAGUCGGUGAAAAUGGAAGACAAGGCCACUCAGGAGUUCUUCCGUCUGCUGGCGCUGUGCCACACGGCGAUGUCGGAGGAGAAGAAGGAAGGCGAACUGGUUUACCAGGCCCAGUCCCCGGAUGAGGGGGCCCUGGUGACCGCCGCCAGAAACUUUGGCUUUGUGUUCCGCUCUCGCACACCGGAGACCAUAACCGUGGUGGAAAUGGGGAAAACCAAAGUGUACGAUUUAUUGGCCAUAUUGGACUUCAACAAUGAGCGCAAGAGAAUGUCUGUGAUUGUGAGGAGCCCAGAGGGACGUCUGACCCUGUACUGUAAGGGGGCCGACACCAUCGUAUACGAACUGCUGGACCGCUCCAGUGCGGAUUUGAAGGAAGUGACGACCGACCAUCUGAAUGAGUUUGCGGGUGAGGGUCUGCGCACGCUGGUCCUGGCAUAUAAGGACUUAGACAAGAACUACUUCAACAGCUGGAAGAUACGGCACCAUGAGGCCAGUACGUCGCUGGACAGUCGCGAGGAGAAGCUGGCGGCAUUAUACGAGGAGAUUGAGAAGGACCUGAAGCUAAUUGGAGCGUCUGCUAUAGAAGACAAACUCCAAGACGGGGUUCCCCAGACCAUCGAAACCCUCUCCAAAGCCAACAUUAAGAUUUGGGUCCUGACCGGAGACAAACAAGAAACCGCAGAGAACAUCGGGUAUGCGUGUAACAUGCUGCAGGAUGAGAUGAAAGAAAUUUUUAUAAUUAAAGGCUGCAGUCCAGAAGAGGUUAUGGAUGAGCUGAGGUCGGCUCGGAUGAAGAUGAACCCGGAUUCGUUUCUGGGCAGCUGUGAUGCGGAAAUACAUAUAAAGAAGUGUUCUAAGAAGUCCCAAGUGAUUCCAGACGACGAGCUGAAGGGCGAUGGCACCUACGGCAUCAUCAUCAAUGGCCACAGCCUGGCUUACGCUCUACAAGAGAACAUGGAGGUGGAGCUGCUGAGGACUGCGUGUAUGUGCCAGGCGGUGAUCUGCUGCCGCGUCACCCCACUCCAGAAGGCACAGGUGGUCCAGCUUGUGAAGAAGUACAAGAAGGCGGUGACCUUGGCGAUAGGAGACGGCGCUAAUGACGUCAGUAUGAUCAAAACUGCUCACAUUGGCGUGGGGAUCAGCGGGCAGGAGGGCAUGCAGGCGGUCCUGUCCAGUGACUUCUCCUUCGCCCAGUUUCGUUACCUGCAGCGCCUCCUUCUGGUGCACGGCCGCUGGUCUUACAUCCGAAUGUGCCAGUUCCUGCGCUACUUCUUCUACAAGAACUUCACCUUCACCCUGGUUCAUUUCUGGUACGCAUUCUUCUGCGGCUUCUCCGCUCAGACUGUGUAUGAUGAAUGGUUCAUCACCUUAUAUAAUCUGGUGUACACCUCGCUGCCUGUGCUGGGGAUGAGUCUCUUUGAUCAGGAUGUGGAUGACCGCUGGAGCAUGGAGUACCCCCAGCUGUAUGAGCCCGGGCAGAAUAACCGUUACUUCAACAUCAAGGAGUUUGUGAAGUGUGUGAUCCACGGGGUGUACAGCUCUCUGGUUCUGUUCUUCGUGCCUUACGGCGCCCUCUACGACACAGUGAGGGAUGACGGGAGAGCACUGUCUGACUACCAGUCCUUUGCCCUGAUGGCUCAGACCUGCCUGCUGCUGGUGGUAUCUGUGCAGAUCGGCCUGGACACUGCUUACUGGACGGCGGUCAACCAGUUCUUCAUCUGGGGCAGCAUGGCGGUGUACUUCGCAAUCACUUUCACCAUGUACAGCGACGGGAUGUACCUCAUCUUCACGGCAUCGUUCCCGUUUAUCGGGACGGCUCGGAACACUCUAAACCAGCCCAGUAUCUGGUUCGCCAUUUUCCUGACCGCUGUGCUCUGCGUCCUGCCGGUAGUGGCCUAUCGGUUCUUAAGAUCCCAGCUCAGACCCACCUUCAGCGACAAGGUUCUCAGCAAAAUCCGGGAAGCCAAAAAGCGCCCUGUGCCUCCGCCGCGCAGAGCACGGAUCCGACGCACCAGCUCCCGUCGUUCUGGAUAUGCCUUCUCCCACCAACAGGGCUACGGGGACCUUAUCACAUCAGGCAGGAACUUCCGGAACAAGUUACACUUCCCCCAAUCAGGAAAGUUUUCGCCCAACGAGAGGAAUCGGAACUACGAGUGACGGCAGAAUGGACACCAGUGGGCCUAGCCAGCCUAGUGUCAAUGUCCGCACCUCGGGGCAGCUCAAAACACGGAGUGUGGGUGGUUUUCCCACUUUUGCCAAGCCUCCUCUGGGUGAUAAAGACUGGAUACAGAGCCAUACAGCCAGGCAGGAUCCUUAUGGAUGUCACGCAGUGGCCAUCUUGGAUCUAUUGUUGGGCAGCAGCUGUUUACCAAAGUUCUGAACUAUUUCAAAUUAUUCCAAAGCAAACGUGCCAAAUAUCACCAGGAGGUACGACUCGCCAAACGGUGCCAAAGCUGUAUUUUAAGGGAUUUUAGUUAAAUUAAAAUAUUAUAAAUCUGCGUUGCACUUGGAUUCACCAGUGGCCUUUCUGAUUUUACAGAAAACCGUUUUACUUGCUUUAUUGUUCUAAUUAUCUAUGUGACUUAAGGAAGAGGAGUAUUGCGUAUCCACGUUUACCGCAAUCGCCGCCUCCAAAUCCUUUUUUAUUAAACAUUCUUUUUGUUUA